AUUUAUUUGAGAGUAGUUAAGUCUAAAACGAUUCGUAAAAUGAAAGUAUUCAGUUUCUUAAUAAUUUUAAUUCUUUCGAUAAUUCUGUCAUCAAAAAGUGAGUCUGAAGCAUGUGUAUGGAGGAAUUGGUUUUGUGAUUGGAUCACAGGCAAAAAUAAUAAUGAAGAACCUACUGCACCUUCAUUUACGGAAGAUGAAAAAAUGCAGGGAAUUCGUAAUAUUUCAUCCAGUAUUAAUAAAUUUUCCAUUAAAUUACAUCAGGCUAUGGCAAAAAAAACAAACGGAAGUUUUAUCUCAUCGCCAUUAAGUGCAGCAAUGGUACUUAUGAUGGCAGCUUAUGGUGCACGUGAUGAAAAUGCCAACAAAAUGAAUGAAAUGUUACAUUUCGAUACCAAUAAUAAUACGUAUAAAACAGGCAUAUAUUCAUUGAUUAAAAUGUUUGAUGCACUCAAUCCAAUAGGAUUUAAAUUAGCAAAUAAAAUAUACGCUGGAAAAAGUACUAAAAUCGAAUCAGAUUUUAUAAACUUAGUAAAUACGAUAUUUCAAUCGUCAUUUGAAAAUGUUGAUUUUGGACAUUCUGAAGAUACAACGACGAAAAUAAAUAAUUGGCGUGCAGAAAAAAAUUAUCAGCGUAUUAGAAAUGUUAUUGAAUCAAAUGAACUUAAUGCCGAUACUGAACUCAUUCUCAUUAAUUCGUUAUAUUUUUCGGCAUUAUGGAAAUAUCCCUUUAACCGAACAAAUAACAUACUAAAAAAGUUUAAUAUCAAUGACAACGAAGCCAUAGAACAAACGAUUAUGUAUAAUUAUGGAUUGGUAUCAUAUUACACUAAAUUUGAAGCAUUAAAAAUUAAUGCUGCAACAUUUGAAUUCAAGAGUGAUCCCAAUAAUGAUGAACAACUGAGAUUCAUUAUCUUGAUGCCACGUUAUGGUUAUUACACCAAUGAUGUUGAACAAAAUUUACAUAAAUUACAACUCUCUGAUCUUUAUAAUCGAACAUCUACUCUUAAUUUAUGGCUUCCAAAAUUCAGAAUUGAGAGUACAAUGAAUUUGGAGGAUAUGCUUAAUCAAUUAGGAACUAAUUUUUCCGGUAUCUCAAAACAAGGUUCUGGACUAAAAAUGAACAGAGUAGUUCAAAAAUUGACAUUAGAAAUCAAUGAAUUGGGUAUUGAAGCUGCAGUUCAUAGUGAAGCUUCUUUCAACAACAAAAUAGGAAAUAGUGCUCCACCAUUAAAACAAGAUCUUAUUUUUGAUGAAUUCUCGUUCGACUUCCUUAUUAUCUAUAAUGACAUUAUUCUUCUUACUGGACGUUUUCUCGGAAAAUAAUUUUUAAACAAGUUAAAGGUCAUUUCGAAAAAUUUUUAUUUUUUGUUCAAUAUGUCAAUAACAUAUCAAGAAAUUAAAGAUUUAUUAGAAUUAUUAUUUCAUAAUUAUUUACAUCAAAAUAUUUUAUUCAAGCUUUUAAAAUAUGCUUACGAUGACUAUAUGUAGCCGUAAAGAAUCUUUUUAUAAGAUUUUAUGAAAUUUUCUUAAAUGAUAUUUUAUAAAAUCUUAUACCGAAAAUGGCCUAGUGAAAAUAUAUAAAGUUGCAUAAAAAUUCAUGAAAUUUUACAGACAGUAAUUAUUUUUUAUUAAAUUAUAAAUAAAAAAAAAUUCCAAUUAGAUUCGGUAUAUUGAUCUAACAGAUCUCUAAUUAAUUGGUCUUAGCUGUUGUCCACUGCGCUAACGGACGUACGUGACCGCAUAUAAAUACAUACUAUGUUUAUCGAGAUAUCAAGUUUUAAACUUUCAUAAUAAAUUUUAUAAGAUUUCAUGGAGUUUUAUAUAAUUUGAAAGAAUUGAUAAUUUUAUAAAUUGAGUAAAUAAAAUGAAAUAAAUAAAAUUUUAUGAAAUUUCAUACGUAUUUAAGGAUUUUAUAAAAUUUUACAGAACUUUGUACUAAUUCACAAAUCUUCAGUAUCAUGUGUAUUGUAAUUUUUACCAUAAAUUUUUCUCCGUCUAAGACUUGAUUGUAAAAUAUAAGAUUUAAAAUUUAGACAUAAAAUAUUGUUUGCUCAGAGAAUUAUAAUUUUUUUAUCCAUAAAACGGAGUCAGAAACAAAACGGACAGUAUGCGUGCUCGACUAAUGACAAUGAAUGAAUCAAUAAAUAAUCAAUGUUAAAAAUUCACGCGAUUUUAUGCAACGAUGCAAAGCUUUCAUGCUGUCAUAAAUUUGUGAAGUAGUUUUAAAUGUGGCUGAUAGCUCUUUCGAUUACUUUUUUUUAUUUCUGCUGAUAUUUGGAUACAAGUAUAUACAUAAAAAUAAAUUUUACGCUGUCGAUAAGUCAUGUAACGUUUCAAUAAUUACUGUAUGUUGUAUAAAUUUCCCCAAUAAUUCUCUAAUUAAAAUAUGAAAAUUAUUGUAAUUUUUUAAUGAAUCAUUGAACUUGACGCAUGAAAAAAACGAAAAAUUACAGUUUAAAUAUAAAAUAUAUCCAUCCGAGCCCAAAUAUAAAAAAAAACCCAGGAAAGAAUGAAACGCUAUAUUUUUCAUGGUUAUUUAGUCAAAAUAAGACCAUUUUUUAGGAAAAUUUUCCUGAAUAGUGUAAUGCAAAAUUAUAAAUUGAAAAUAUUUUAUAAAAAAUAAAUGUAAAAUAUUAUAAUCUGAGUUAAAUAGUUAAAUAAUAAGAUAAUUAAUAAUAUGAUUUUCUGUAAUUAUAUCAAUAAAAAACUUUAAACCUGAAAACUAAAACUAGAGUAAGGCAAUAAGCCCCUGGAUUUAGUAAAAGCAAAUGUAUAUACUCUAAUACUACACAGAGGAAUUAUUCUUGUUUGAAAUUCUAUUGUUUCAUAGUAACACCGAACUAUGUGAGCCCCGAAACGGAAAUUGAAAUAUAUGAAAAAAAUGAGA